CCUACUACUAACUAUUCUGCUCUACUGCUCUACUGGACUGCUCCUGAAGGUUCUCAACUUUCGAUCGGACCUUUCCAGACCACAUACUCUGGAACAUGACCAACCAAUAGUCCGGUUCGGCUUCAUCUUGCUUCCUUUUCAGAUCUUGUGCAUGAUUUACCACCGGUCAUGCGACCAUCAGUGUCUCCCUUCCAGAACGAUCAUGGCCAUUCCCGCGCCCAAUCCCCCGGUUCCAUGAAUCUUCGCCAUCGUGGCGCGGCCCGCUCUGCCACUUUUGCGGAGGGUUGUUCAUCGAAUCUUCAAACUCAACGACGCAACUCGACCUUUUCAGAUUCGGUCUCCGAAGCGCGGAAUUCCAUCCGAUCAUCUACGGACGAUCUAUUCUUCCCCCGUGUAGCCAGGGGUUCCUAUGAUACCGCAGAUGUGUCCAAUGAGGAGUCGCAUUGGCAUUCUGCGCCCCUAGGUCUCGCCCUGCUGCCUGCGAUCGCGGGGGUCUUUUUUCAGAAUGGAAGCGCAGUCGUAACUGAUGUUACUCUGCUGAUUUUGGCGGCUAUAUUUCUAAAUUGGUCCGUCAGACUACCAUGGGAUUGGUAUCGCUCCGCCCAGGCAAUCCGACAAGACAAAUUCUACGAUGCGAUCGAGAUUCCAGUAGACAUAGAAAUCGACCACGACCAAACCCACCAGGACCCAAAAGAGGACUCAAUCUCAGUUGAACCUAAGCAGGGGCAAGGACGCACAACUGAAACGGCAAGCGCGGCUAGUAGGGAAUUACAAAUCCACGAAAUCGUUGCUCUUGCUUCGUGCUUUAUCUUCCCAAUCAUCGGAACAUGGCUCUUACACACAAUCAGAUCCAAACUAUCGCGUCCCUCGGAGGGACUGGUGUCGAACUACAAUCUCACCAUAUUCCUCCUAGCGUCCGAGAUCAGGCCAUUCGCCCAUCUGUUAAAGAUGGUACAGGCGCGUACGCUCCAUCUCCAGCGCGUUGUCGCGUCGUCCGCCGAAAGCCCGAAAGAUAGAAUAGAUGCCAGCAAGAUCCUCGAUCUCUCGAAAAGACUAGAAGAACUGGAGGCUCACGUAGCGGAAAAAGCCGCAGCGCGUCUCGCGACUGAGUCCGCUAACCAGGAACAGUCCCAGCCUCAGGGACAGGAAUACACGCAGUCUCUCGUCUCACAGACGACUACAGAAGUCCGAAAAUCAGUCCAACCAGAUAUCGAUGCCUUGAACCGUGCUGUUCGGCGCUACGAGAAACGUACCGCAAUGACUUCGUUCCAGACUGACUCCAGACUCGAUGCACUAGAGACCCAGGUCCGGGAUGCCCUUUCUCUAGCCGCUGCGGCGCAGCGUUCCAUUGCACAGAAACGUCGGGGUUUCUUGUUCGUGCUCCUCGAGUGGUUCUAUGCGGUUGCUCUACUCCCUGCGCAAAUCUUCAUGUCCUUAGCUGUAUUACCGUUCCAGGUCGCGAGCCGGUGUCUUCGUUAUAUUCAAGACACAGUGUUCACAAAACCACUGCCAAACCCCGCGAAGGGCAAAGCGCCGCAAGAUAAUAAAACACGACCUCAAAAACGAUCAAAACGAGUGCCCAAUCAAGACCCAGUGGAGACAAAGGGGUUGAGACCUAUUCGCGAGUGUGCAAGAUAACGAAGUCCUGCAUUGCUUUGAACUGCGUUCGGCGGUCUCUCCUAAAUUUCCAGGUGAUACUUAGAUAUGUAUAUCUAUAUACCACAUAGCGUUGUACGGAACCUUUAAUGUUUGUUCUGUGCAUUUUUUAGUCUAUAGAUACAUAUUAAGUAACCUCAAAUACUCUCCAUCCUUUAACCGCGAAGCUUAGAAUAACCCGCACAUACUUGUACUAUAAGACAUGCAAAUGUGUCGACAAAUAUCUAGCCAACGAUAAUACAUGACUUAGGUAAUUACGACCAAAUGACCAGAUAAGUGAUGAAAGAAGAGUAUAUAGUACAACACAAUAUAAUACAU